AUGAUUGGGAAGCAGAAGCAAGAAUUACAAGAGCUUCAUAAAAGCAUAAACAAUGAUAUCAACGAACAGAAAGAAAUGAAAAACGACUUCUCGCAAACGAAAUCAAAGUUCCAAGAAAAAGACAGCGAACAAGACUCGAAAAUGGAAAGCAUGAAAGAAAGAAUUGCGACACUGGAAGCUGAGAAAAUGCUGUAUUCGCAGAUGAUUGCGAAGGAGGAAAACCGAGCAAAUGGAUUGCUGAAAACUGACAAUCGAUUUAUUUUUGUACUUCUUCUUACUACUGCCGGGCUGCCACAUGUCUUAAAUUAG